AUGGACGCAGCGACGGAGGCCCAGCUGCGGGGAGUUGGCGUGGUCACCAGAGGACUGGAUGCUAAAAUCGUCACCCUGCUCUCCCGCGUCCACUCCGUCCUCCCCUCUCCGCCCGCCGUCUCCGGCCACGCAGCCCUCUCUGCAUCCCUUCUCACCCCACCUUUGGACGGCGGCGACCGCAUCAGCGACCUCCCCGACAAGAUCCUCCGCGACAUCGUCUCCCGCCUCCCCGUCAAGGACGGCGCGCGCACCGCCGCGCUGUCCUGCCGCUGGCGCGGCGUCUGGCGCUCCACCCCGCUCGUCCUCAUCGACUCCGACCUCCUCCCCGUCGGAAGCGGCUCGGGCCUGCAGGUUGCGUGCGCUGAUGCAGCGCACCGGGUCGCGUCCGCCGUCUCCUGCAUCCUCCACGCCCAUCCGGGCCCCUUCCGCUGCGUCCACCUCAUCGGCAGCUACCUGGGGCAGUACCCCGAGGUGCUCGCGUUCUGGCUGCAGCUCCUCGCCUCCAAGGGCGUCCAGGACCUCGCCCUCGUCAACCGCCCGUGGCCGCUCGACAUGCCCCUCCCGCGCACCCUGUUCGACAUGGCAGCCCUCACCCGCCUGUAUCUCGGCGUCUUUAAGUUCCCUGACACGACCGGCCUCCGGUGCGCCGUGGCAUUCCCCUACCUCCGCGAGCUCGGCCUUUGCUGGGUGGCCAUGCUGAGGCGGGAGGAUAUGGAUUUCAUCCUUGCCAGGAGCCCUGUGCUGGAGAUCCUCUGCAUCCAGGGGAACAUGCUUGUGAACCACCUAGAUCUUGUCAGUCGCAGCCUCCGGUGUGUGCAGAUCAUCGAAGGCAUUGAUCUCAACAUCGCAGUCAAGUACGCCCCACAUCUCGAGCGGCUCAUUAUCUGGUCAUCCUUGAUCCAAGAUGACUUGCCCAGGUUGGUCAAGAUUGGCCAUGCCCCUGCGCUAAGCGUAAUUGGCUAUUUGGAACCGGAGAGGCACACACUAGAGAUCCGCAACACUGUCAUCAAGGCUGGGACAAGGGCUAGUCCAAGCACCAUGGUCCCAAGCGUCAAGAUCCUCGGCUUAAGAGUCUACUUUGCCAUCCGCGACAAUGCUAAGAUGCUGCCCAGCUUCCUCAGAUGCUUCCCCAAUGUUGAGACGCUUCAUCUUGAGUCCAAGGAGACUUAUCAGCCCACUGGCAAGCUGAGCUACAAGUUCUGGCAGGAGGUUGGUCCCAUCAAAUGUGUGCAGUCACAUAUUAAGCUGAUGAUCUUCUAUGGCUUCCGAGGGGAGCGGGGCGAGCUUUCCUUCCUCAAGUACUUCCUGGAGAGCGCACCGAUGCUGGCAAAGCUGGUUAUUAUCUAUAACAAGCGAAGUUUUACUUCAUUGACUGAGGUGAACUCCAAAGUGCAACCUCUGUUUGCUGCAAAAUGGGCCAGCCAAGACUGUUCGCUGUUGCUCUUGGAGAGUGCAUUUCAAGAAGGUGAAGACAAGUGGUUGCUGAACUUCAAAACAGGAUCUGAUUUCUCUACAAGGGACCCGUUUGCGUGCGCUGCUGCUCUUGGUGGGUGCCAUUUUUAAGGA